GUUGGGGACAUGGAGAACAGGUUCCAAGUCACAGGACAGAGGUGGGGACAAAUACCGGAUUUCUCCCAUUGAUCCCCAGGAUUGGGGUGGAGGGAGGUGCCUAGUUCUCGACAUGUGGGACAGCUUCCCCGAUAUGGCAAUCACGGGUAUGACUCACCGGGCCGGGCCAUUUCUCUGCGAUAUAAAGUAACCCGUCCCAAAACAUCCUCAGCUUUCUCCAAGACGCGACUGCCGAAGCCUCUUCCGCUCCUGAAAGCCCCCUGCCAGGCGUUACAGUGAACCCAGCGACGCCACUGACUGUGUCCAUCGCCACCGCCGCCAUGCAGCUGCUGGUCCUUGCCGUGCUGGUCGCCGGGGCAACGGCAGCCUCAUUCUCAGAGAAGAAUGAAGAACGAGUCCUCGGGGAGAAGCUCUGCGGCGUUGGCUUGCAGCCCUACCAAGCGGCUCUCCUCAGGAACGGCAACAACAUCUGUAGUGGGAGCCUGGUGCACCCGAAGUGGGUGCUAACUGCUGCACACUGCAACAUUGACAUUGGGACGUUGCAGGUGCAUCUGGGGAAAUACGAUCUACGGGUGAAGGAAGACACGGAACAGAUUCUAACAAUUAAAAAUGUCUUUGUGCACCCGGAGUAUAACGUCCGCAGCCCUAGUGACAACGACUUCAUGCUUGUGGAGUUGCAGAAGCCUGCUCAGCUCAACAACUUUGUGAAAACAAUCCGCCUGGCGACCCAUUGUCCUGAUCCUGGAUUGCAAUGCAGAGUCUCAGGAUGGGGCUCCAUCAACUCCACCCAAAGCCAGCCAACAGACGUCCUGCAGUGCGCGGAUAUCUACACCGUCAGCCAGGCCAGGUGUCUUGAGACUUACCCAGGCAAGAUCACGGAGAACAUGUUCUGCGCUGGUGUGGAGCAGGGCGGCAUCGGCUCGUGCAAGGGCGAUUCAGGAGGCCCGCUGGUCUGCAACGGGAGGCUGCAGGGUGUGGUCUCCUGGGGGGGGAAAAUCUGUGGCCUGCCUGGACAGCCUGGGGUCUACGCCAACGUCUGCAAAGCUGCCGAGUGGGUGAAGAACACCAUACGGAAGAGGCUGUCAGAGCCUGGCGUCUACGCCAAAGUCUGCAAAGCCGUCCGAUGUAUGAACUUACGAAAAGCCAUUAACAACCCCAUGUCAAACUUCAAGAUCUGGCAAUGA